GCAUGAGUUGCAAUCCCGCGCAGAUCGCGUUCUUCCGCCAUGACACUACUAGCACGAGCGUCGCUGCUGCUGCUCGUCGCCACUGCAUCCUUCGCGGCGGACACGCUCCCGAUCAACGGUUGGUACCCGUGCAGCAUCAACACCGAGGCGACGUCGGCGCCAAAGGCCUCCUCCGCGUCAUCGUCGGUCCAGUCGCUCAAGGCCAGCAUCGGCGACGACGGCCGCAUGUGGAGCGCGCUUCUCCACCCAAUGCGCACCACGUACAUUGAGGCCCUCGCGACAACCAAGCGCGCAACGACAGUCGAGUGCGCGGAGUUUACGCUGCCGCUGUGCCACGACGGGCUCUGCACGGCGCCGGCCAACGCGAGCACGACGACCAUUCCCGUCUUUGUCAAGCGCGCGCUCGCGACCACGCGGACGACGUCGACCAAAGCGCUUUGGUUUCUUCAGGGCGGUCCUGGCGCCUCGUCCGUCAACAUGGAGUCGUUCAUGGUGUUGCUCUACAACAUUCUCGGCGGCGCCGUCGACGUGUACACAAUGGACCACCGCGGCACGGGUCGCAGCCACCGGCUGACGUGUGAAGCCGCGCAGAUCGAGACGUCGGGAAGCCCCACGAAGGGCCAAAUCACCAACAGCGUCCUCGCGACGUGUGCCCAAGAUGUCAACACCCAGCUCGGCGGUGGCGCCGCGUCCGUCCUGCGGUCCUUUUCGACGACGAGUGCGGCCAUGGACUUGUCCAAGGUGAUUACGAGCAUCGGCAACGCCAACACGUUUGUGUACGGCGUGAGCUACGGCACGUACCUCGUCGAGCGUCUCAUGCAGCUCGAGAACCCGAGUAUCAAGGGCUACAUCCUCGACGGCGUCGUGUCCAACUCGGGCAGCAAAACCAACACGAAAAUGGUCUUCAACGACUGGGACAAGAACGUCGAGAGCGUCGCACAAACCUUUGUCGCGCUCUGCACCGCCGACCCUUUCUGCAGUGCCAAGUUUCCCGGCUCGGAUUUGAAGACCACGAUGACCGCGUUGUACGCCUCCUUGGACGCGGGGCCGACCAAGACACAGUGUGCGUCGCUGCUCUCGUCGGUGCAAGACGGCUUGUCCCCGUCGGACCUGCUCCGCAUUGUCUUUUCGACGCUGCUCCAGGACCAGAGUUUGCGACCGCUCAUUCCUGCCCUUGUUUACCGCAUCAAGCGGUGCACGACCAAUGACGCGCUCGCCGUGUACAAUUUUCUUGUCCAAUUCACGAGCUCAAGCAGCGACGAUUCGGAUGUGCUCGAUUCGACGAUGCUGUACAACCUCGUCGUCGCGUCCGAGCUCUGGCGCACGCCGACCGAGAGUGCGUCGGCGCUCGCGACCACAUUCGAAUCGACGUUGAUUGGUAGCGACGUCUCGGACCUUGCGAAAAUGUACUGCAUUGCGAGCGGCGGCAGUGACGCCAACUGCGCCGGCGUCACCGCGUCCAAGUACCGUCUCCAGUACCCAACCGACAAGUACUUUGACCAACCGAUUACGAUCCCAACCGGCGCGUCCGUGCUCCUCAUGGGCGGUCGCCUUGACCCGCAGACGUACUACAAGUACGGCGAGUACCAAUACGACAGCUUUAUCGGCACGGCCAAGCGCCUCGUCGAAUUCAACUACUCGGCGCACGGUACCGUCGCCAACACCCCAGUUACCACCAAGAACGGAGCGCCUUGCGGUGCGCAGAUCCUCGGCUCGUUUGUGCUUGUCAAUGGCGACCUCGAUAACCUCGACACGUCGUGCAUGGCGGUGGUCCAGCCCAUGACGUUCCAGCUGACGGCUUCGAACGUCCAGUCGCUCAUGGCGACGACCGAUGCGUACGACGGCACGCCGACGCAAAAGUUUACGCAAGGCAUUACAAAGACCACCAACCCGAGCGGCGGGUCGUCGUCCGGGUCUCUCGGUACCAAGACGACGCCUGACGCAACAUCGUCCGGGUGGAAGACGGCGGCGAUCAUCGCGUUCGUGCUUGUCGGGCUCCUCCUGCUCGUCAUCGGCUAUCUCCUGUACCGAGCCCGCGUCAUAGCGCAGAAACAGCCCACGUACGACCAACACGUUACGGAAGCCUAACCCUGUACAGUGUCAACUCUGUCGACGCCCUUGCUCGUCGUAGUAUACACUGCGUUGUUGACAUAUCUAAAAUACCACUCGACCGCGGAACGAACUAUCGUGAUGAGCUUGUUG